CCGGCCCGGCCCUGCGCGGCAGCAUGGCGGGCUCAGGCCCCAAGCGGCGCGCAGCGGCGGCCACCCUCCCGGCGAACGAGGAGGAGGAACGGCAGGCGCGGGAGCGGAUGCUGGCGGCGCGGGGCGCGGACGGCGCGGAGGGCGAGGUGACCCUGCAGCGCAACAUCACGCUGCUGAACGGCGUGGCCAUCAUCGUGGGCACCAUCAUCGGCUCGGGCAUCUUCGUGACGCCCACCGGAGUGCUCAAAGAGGCGGGCUCGCCCGGGCUGGCGCUGGUGGUUUGGGCCGUGUGUGGCGUGUUCUCCAUCGUGGGCGCGCUCUGCUACGCCGAACUGGGAACCACCAUAACCAAGUCGGGCGGCGACUACGCCUACAUGCUGGAGGUGUACGGCUCGCUGCCCGCCUUCCUCAAGCUGUGGAUCGAGCUGCUCAUCAUCCGGCCCUCCUCGCAGUACAUCGUGGCGCUCGUCUUCGCCACCUACCUGCUCAAGCCGGUCUUCCCCACCUGCCCUGUCCCCGAAGAGGCCGCCAAGCUCGUGGCCUGCCUCUGCGUGCUGCUACUCACGGCCGUGAACUGUUACAGUGUGAAGGCCGCCACCCGCGUCCAGGACGCCUUUGCUGCUGCCAAGCUGCUGGCACUGGCCUUGAUCAUCCUGCUCGGCUUCAUCCAGAUCGGGAAGGGUGACGUAGCGAAUCUGGAUCCCAAGUCCUCCUUUGAAGGCACCAAGCUGGAUGUGGGGAACAUCGUGCUGGCGCUAUACAGCGGCCUCUUUGCCUACGGGGGAUGGAAUUACUUGAAUUUUGUCACAGAGGAGAUGAUUAAUCCCUACAGAAACCUGCCCCUGGCCAUCAUCAUCUCGCUCCCGAUCGUCACCCUGGUGUACGUGCUGACGAACCUGGCCUACUUCACCACACUGACCCCCGAGCAGAUGCUUACCUCGGAGGCCGUGGCCGUGGACUUCGGGAACUACCACUUGGGCGUCAUGUCCUGGAUCAUCCCCGUCUUCGUAGGCCUGUCCUGCUUCGGCUCCGUCAACGGGUCCCUCUUCACGUCCUCCAGGCUGUUCUUCGUGGGGGCCCGGGAGGGUCACCUGCCCUCCAUCCUCUCCAUGAUCCACCCGCGGCUGCUGACGCCUGUGCCCUCGCUGGUGUUCACGUGCGUCAUGACCCUGCUCUACGCCUUUUCCAAAGACAUCUUCUCCGUCAUCAACUUCUUCAGCUUCUUCAACUGGCUCUGCGUGGCCCUGGCCAUCGCCGGCAUGCUCUGGCUUCGCUACCAGAAGCCGGAGCUGGAGCGGCCCAUCAAGGUUCACCUGGCCCUCCCAGUGUUCUUCAUCCUGGCCUGCCUCUUCCUGAUCGCCGUCUCCUUCUGGAAGACCCCUGUGGAGUGUGGCAUCGGCUUCACCAUCAUCCUCAGCGGCCUGCCCGUCUACUUCCUUGGGGUCUGGUGGAGAGACAAGCCCAAGUGGCUGCUUCAGAGCAUCUUUUCCACGACCGUCCUGUGCCAGAAGCUCAUGCACGUGGUUCCCCAGGAGACGUAAGCGACCAGAGCCAGGAGGCCGCCCUGAGAGAGCGACUCGGUCCCACCAUCCAGGCAGCUCCUCCGGGGCCUCUGCUGUCCCUGCCCCGGGAGGCGGCCGGGCCACAGUGAACCCUGGUACGAAUUUAGUCCCCGAAGGCGGACGUCCGCGGAUACCUCUCGAGCAUGGAGGCAGGAACCUCGGACCAAGGAGGCCGCAGGCUUCCUCCCAAACUGGGCCUCCUCCCUUCUCACCUUCGUUUAUUUGUAUUAUUUUUUUUUUAACUUAAGUCUUGGGUCGGGUUGACAUUACCAAGACAAUUAUUUUUUAAAGAAACGGGGUGGAAAACUUUUCUCCCCGAACGCUGUCUGCAGCACAGUGUUCCUCCGAGGGGCCAGGUCCUGUCACCGGAUUCUGGACGGUGGACUGGACACAUGUGCUUGGCUUCCCUGUUUCUCCGUUGUAGAUGCAGUGACUUCGUAAAACUAACCUCCGGGCUUACGUCUCGUUGCCUUAAAGCCCUGCGCUAACUCCCUCCCCUCCCCCGGAGAAGAGAAAGAAUGCCUAGAGGCUUGUAGAAGCAGGGGCUUUGGGCUGGUGGACAGCGGUGCCCUGGCACCUGCUGUGGGCAGGGGGCUCCAAGCAGAGGUCGGGGCAGCUGGGCGACCCCGGACCUCCCAUCAGCACAUGCAGUUGUGGGGGGGGUGCGGGGGGCUGCACCCUGUGACACACAACAUCUCCAAGGUCCUGUCUGUACAUCCCACCCUGGACGCCAGCCUGAGCAGCGGCCCGAGGAGUCCGGUGGCUCCUGUGGUGGGUGGUGGGUAGUGCAGCCUCGGGCCUGUUCUGCAUCAGCUUUGGAAUCAAGCUCUAGUUCUUUCAAAGCCUCACACUUGAAAUCUGUAAGCAGACGCCUCGACCCCUUAGGGGCUUCUCAUCUGUGUCCCAUGAGGCUGCACCGCCCCCAACCCGAGGCCUCAGAGGCUGGGUUGCAGCCCUGGCAGCUCUCUGGGGUGCUCCCAGCUCCCUGGCUAAGGCCUCGCCGGCCCCGCCCCCAUCACCUGUCCCCGGCGCCCGGCCUCAGCUGCACCUGCUCCGGAGGCCGCCUGAGUCCUGCUAGGGCCAGCACACACGCCCGGCCUCCCCCUGCCCCCAACAAGAGGCUGUGCUUUUGUUGUUGUGGUUCCCAUAGAGUUCUUCCCGGGAGACAGCCAAGGGCCAGAAGCUCGCCUAGCGUUUCUGGGCGGGCUUUCUGUCUUCCACGGAGCCCACUUGGGCAGCAGUGUCAUCCGCGGUCAGUCUCCCUCUAGGCCCUGCCUUGGCCUCUGACCCCUGACCUUCCCGUCAGGGUGGGGUUGAGCCGAGCCUUUGGGCCUCAUUGCUCAGCUGCAGCCGAAGAAGCUGCUGCUGGUUCCCAGGGGCCACGUGAGUUCCGCGUGGCCAUUCCAGCCGUCACCCGCCUGGACUCCAGGGCCCCACGUGGUCCGAUGGGCCCAGAGAGACCCAACAAGCAGCUUGGGGGGCCCGGGAUGGACAUUGAGGCUGAAGUGGAGGCAGCCAGAUGUCCAGCCCUCCCAGCCCAUGCUGGUCAGGAGACCCUGCCAGCCUGCGGCUCCUGACACAGCAUCCACUGGCGUCUCCUCACCAACCGAAUCCUCCCAGGCCACGGUCCACACGUCUGGGGCCCAGCUCAGCAUCUGGAGGCAGAAUGUCACCGAGGAAGCCAGAGGCCUGACGUGAGACUCUGCUGGGGCCUCAGUUUUCUCGGGCGUACACGGGGCACUGCCCUCUGCCUCUCCACGGGGCUCUAGCAGCCUCAUGGCAGAUUUCGGCCUCCUCCCACGGGGCUCUGGGGGCGGCACUUGGGUUUCCUCAUGGUCCACACCACCGGCCCUCGAUGUGACCUGGCAGAGCGCAGGGGCCAGGUGACUGUGUCCAGAGCGUGGUGGCCUCCUGGGGGUGGGGUACUGUCACCCCUGCAGGGGCAGGGGGCCCUGAGCUCUGUUUAUACUGAAAGACCAGGGGUGUGGCUCCCCAGCAUCUGUGAAGGCAGGUUGGGGGCCCAGGCUGCAACCUUGGGGCUCUGGAGCCCAGGCACCCUGGUUCUGCCACGUCGGCCUUCUGGGCCAACUCCACUCCUGAUCACACUACUGACAGGUGUCCUGAGCGUUCCUGCUUGUGGGUUAAUUUUAUUUUUAAGCCAGAUUUUGGCAUAACAGGCGAGUGUGUGUCCAGCCGUGUGCUUUACUUCACCCUCACGUCUCCCUGAUGGGAGGGCACCGUGUUUAUUUAUUGUGGGGCGAUGUGCAGCCGUGCUGCCCCUUGGGUUCCGGCCGCGUCAGCUGCCCACCACAAUGUCGCGUGUGUGUGACUUUGCGCCUUUCUCUUCUGUUAACGCUGUUAAUGCUAACGUGUUACGCUUAGCUGGUUUGGGAUGGGGAGUUGUGUGUUUUGUUGGGGGAAUUUGUUUUUUAAGAAUUGGAAUUAUAAGCACU